AUGGCGUCGCUGUUGGCGGAGCCGCUAAUUUGCGGCUCGCUGUUGGCCACGAAGGUCACCUUGCGCUUUCCUUUGAGCAUCUUCGGAACGUCCGACGCGCAUUCUGCAAAUGGUAUUGUGAAGUUUGAGACGCCGGAUAGCGCGGUGGCUUCGUCUGCCAAAGGCCGACCUCAGCGGAGCUCGCGUUCCACUAGGAAGACGUUGACUUCAGCCGAUACCAACGCGAAUUUCAGUGGAGCUUCCACUGGGGAUAGCUCGUCGGAAGAGGCGCCCAAAGAGCAGUUCGCUGAGGUUCACGUACUAGUGAACUGCGGGUGGUCGCUUGACUUCGACCAGGAGAGCAUAGCGCUUUUGAAGCUUCACGCCAAAGACGUGGAUGUUAUCGCAAUAACGGACGGAGACUUUGAGCAUGUUGGCGCGCUUCCAGUCAUCUAUUCGUGGUUACACGGCAUACGCGGCGCCGCCGGCAUGCCGCCGGUGUUGUGCACGGAGGGUUCCUACAAGUUCGCCCGCGCGUGCCUCGUCGACGUGCUGGAGAACGCCACCUUUUCUUACAAGUUUGAUGAUUUUGGGAUGUCUGAUUUAGAUUUUUUGUACUCCGGUUGCUGCAAGUUGCGUUACCACGAGAGCUACCAUCUCACGAAGUCGACUUAUGACUGGACCGUACACGUCGCUUUUUUGCCGCUGAACAAUGGCGUGUCCAUCGGAGGCGCGGUUUGGAAAUUGUCGGUGGGGCCACGGAGCAUCGUAUGUUGUCCUACGUACCGAGUCCAGCCGUCGUGGUACCUGAACGGCUGCGAGAUCGGUUCGCUAGAUCGGGCUGACAUCUUUUUGACUCACGAGCAGCCGAAGUUGGUGGAAGGCCCCCAAUCGCCGCAGCCUUCGGAGUGCAAGAACAUGGAAGCCAUCUUAUCGGUUGUCGCGGGCACUCUGCGUUCCAACGGUUCGGUGCUGAUUCCCAUGGACGUCGGGCCGCACAUAAUUGACCUGCUGUUGCACCUGAACUCCGUGUGGGCGAACAGCGACCUGCAGCAGUUCCCCAUAGUCGUGGUCUCGCCGAUUGCGGUGAAGAUGGUUUUGCUGUUCGCAACGUGCUUGGAGUACAUGCAGUCUGACAUAUGCCACAACUUUUUGCGCACUAUGUGGAAUCCCAUCUUCAAUUUGAACUACAUACACCCAGUCUCAACCCUAGAGGAGCUGCGGAGGUUCUCGAGCAUGCCGUGCGUAUUCAUCUCCACGUGUAGUUCGCUAUCCUUCGGUGUCACCAGCUACCUCUUCGCCGCCUUGUGCUGUUACGAGCGCAACACCGUCAUCUUCACGCGCGACUCGCCGGAGGUGAGCGCUCUGAUGGGCCAGUAUCGCGCGACCGGAGCGAGGGAUGCUAUGGCGGGGCUGCAACACGAGUUCACCCUCCGCCUCAACCUUGAGCCGCCCGAUGAAACCGACGCUGUCGAUAUGGGUAGGUUUGAGUCCGGCUCGCGCGAGCACAAAAUGUGUAUAGAGCACGCCGACGAGGCAUACAACCCAGCUGGCGCCGCUGCUGUUGGAACUGGCGAUGUGGCGAUGGACGCUUUUGGCGACGAGUUGGCCACCGAGUUCCUGUUUAAGAAUAGCCGGAACUUCACCGUGCAUAACGGAUACGUGAGCUACAUGCCGCCUGCCAUACUGCGCGAUGACCUCGAGAGCAGCAACAAGCCCGGCGACAGGGAUCUCGACUACGGCAUCCCCUACACGUCCGUGGCCGCCGCCGAGCUGGACCAGAACAUUGCGCCGUCAGCUGCUGCCGCCGUGUAUGUGGAGGAGCCAGAGGAGCGCGCUCACAAGCCGGAUGCGUUUUCGGAGCUCGAGCAAAACCCGUUCAAUGCGUACUACAUGCAGCACGUUGAGAACUCCGCUGUUGGCGCGAUUAUGUUCGAGUGCAGCGGCGAUUACGGCUCGGGCUCCGAGGUGCAGUCCAGCGCUGCAGUGUCGAAGCUGGUGGUCAAGCGGCUUCCUCUGGUGAUAAAAAGCGGCUUGUACAUCACGCAUCACUUCCGCCACUUCCAUCCACGCUGCGAGUUAGUCUCGCUUUUGAGCAAGAUCUGCCCCCGCAACAUCGCGUUGCUCCCGCGCAAGAAUGACGUGGGUGCCGUGGCCUGUGCCGAGAUGACCAUCCGUGGCGCGAUACCAAGCUGCGGCGCGCUUCACAGUUUCGACAGCGCCGCGCCGUGCAAGCACGAAACAGGUUUGCUAUCGCAGGAAUCGUUGCACCGUCAGCUGUGCAUCCCGCUGGAUGUGCGGCAGGAAUACGUGAACCGUUCCGGCACGCUACUUGCAGCGGGCCACCUCAUAAAGGAGUUCCACGGCGUGCGUGUGACGCCGGCAAACAAGCGUGCUGAAGGCGGUUCGCGAAUGGAGCGGCUAAUGGCCGUGCUGUCGUCGAUCGACGCGUGGAAGCGCCACAACAACCCGCGCCAGGUAUAUCAGGCUAUAGUGCGUUUCGACUGUUUCGCUGGCGAAUCGAGCUCCGGCGCAGAAGGCGUGUUGCUUUGUUCGUCGUUCUGGUCGAAGCGGCCUCCUCAGCCCCCCAGGCUGGCCAUAUGCCUGCCAGGUGAUCCCACCUCAACGACAUCGGGGGGUGCCGAGGGUGGCAGUGCGGAAUACAGCGGCGCGGCCGAAGACCAGGAUUCCAUGGAUGACGGCUCGGCGCGGGCUGCGUCAAGCCCUCAACCACUGUCCGACGAGCCGUACGCGGCGAUAAGCCACUCGCUGCGCCACAGCGUCUACACAGGUAGUGUUGGCAUGCCCACGCUGGUGCGGUACUUCGAGGAGUGCUUGCCCGAGUGCUGCACCGUGGGCUCUGGCGCGCUGAACAUUAACGGCAACGUUCAAAUAAGCCGUUCGGACGUCGGUUACGGCGUCCAGCGGUGGGAAGUGCGGGGCACUCUGGACCCGGCCUUCUACUUCGCCCGCAAGAUGCUCAGAAAGUUGCACAAUCGCAUCGAACCCUUGUACUAG